AAAUUCAAAAAAGUUACAUUAUAAAAAAUAAAAAAAAUAUGGAUUUAGAUUUAGAAAAAAUUCAUAAUAUUUUAAUUGAAGCUAAUCUUCCAUCAAGCAUAAAAGAUUUAAAAAAUCCAACAGAAGAGUUUGUUGUCAAGUUAAUUAAUACUUUCUUAAAAAGAUUUCAUAUCGAUUUUAAUAUAUUUGAUAAGCCCACAAUGGAACAACAAGAUAUUAUGCAAUACUGUGAAGAUUCUACUAUAAUUGGACUUGUAAAUUUACAUAUUGUUAUGGUUCAAAUAUGUGAUAGAAUAUAUUUAAAAGAUCUAUGUAUUACAGAUAUAACUAGUCCAGGAUCAAAAAAAGUACGCAAACAAGCAAAAUUCCUUGCAAAUUUUAUAUUGUAUGCAACUAACAAAGAAUCAGAUAUUGAAGAUAAAGUUAAUGAAAUUCAAAGCCGAGCAAAAAUUUUACAUGAUAUGUUACAAAAAAAAAAUGAAAUAUUAGAAACUAGAAAAGAUAGAGCAUUGCAUGUAGCAAAACAAUUAUCAUCAAAAGAAAAAUACAUUGCAGAAAUCCAAAAAUUACAAUCCAAACUUGAAAAAAAUAAUCAAAAAUAUAUUGAACUAAUGGCAAGAAUGACAGCAGCAGAAGAGAAAAAACAACAUGCAGUAAAACUUUGUGGAAAUUAUAAAGCACAAGCAUUAAAGUUAAGUAAAGCAAUAACAGAAUUACAAUCAGAAAUUGUACAAUCACCAGAAGAAUAUCAAAUACGUUUAAAUGAAUUGGAACAGCAGCAAAGUGCUAAAGUUAAAGAACGUGAAACAAUGCAAGAAGCAUUUCAAGAUAAAAAAUAUUUAAUUGAACAACAGAAAAAUAUAUUAACUUUUAUUCAAGAACAAUUAGAGAAAUUUAUUGAAGUUCCAAAUAUACAUGAUCGAUUAAAAGAAAUAAGAAUACAAGAAGAUAAUACAAAGAAGCAAGUUAAUACUCUCAAAACAGAUAUUGAAAAACUUGAAAAAAAAUUAGAAAUUCAAAAAGAUCAGCAUAAAGAAGAUGAAAUAAGUGAAAUUCAUGCUCAUUAUGUAGAACGUCUUUCUCCUUUACGUAAUUUAAACAUUCAAUUAUUAAGUAAUAAGAAAUCAUAUAAAGAAAAGUUGGAAGAAAUGCAAGUUCAACAUAAUGAUGAUUAUUUGAAGCUGAAAAAAAUACAAAACAUAAUAAAAAAAGUAGAAGAAGAAACUAUAGAACUUCUUAAGAAUUAUCAAAAUUUAUAUAACAAUGAAAUCUCGACUGAAAAAACUUUAUGGAAAACAUGGAUAACUGAUUAAAAAUUAUACAAAUAAACAAAGAGAAUAAAAUUCUUAAAAAUAUUAUCAUUAAUAGAUAAUCUUUCAUCAAUAAUAUUCUUAAUUUUAUUAGAUAAAUAUUUUUGUAUUAUUC